UAUUGAUAAUCAGCAAAGUAAAAGUAAAAGAAGUUAUAAAAGGAGACAAAAAGUUGAUCUUUCAUCACCACAAACUAUUGCUGAACUCUUAAAAGAUGAUGAAACAGAACGAAACUCAAGAUUAAUGUCAAUCCUAGAGCCAAAAGCUAAUUUUCAAGAAUAUAUUUCUUUAAAUACAACUGUUCAAUCAAGAACGAUGUCAACA